UGUCAUUGCUAAUGUCAUCAAUUCUUAGUGGAAAAAUGUCAAAAUCUUUAUAAAAGUCCCCUUUCGCUGAAAGAACUGCGGAUUCCUUUUAUAACAAAAUGGUUCAAGGGGGACCACCAGACGACAAUUUAUUUAGAGCAUUCGCGAGUGCAGUUUACAAUACCAUAGAUGCACCUGUAACAUGGUUCCGAGAGAAGAUCGUUGAACCAAACCAGAAGAAAUACCCGUGGUACCACCAGAAGUUUCGCCGUGUUCCGACCAUCGACCAAUGCUACAGCGACGAUGUCUUAUGCGACUUCGAAGCCAACUCUCAGUUCAAGCGUGAUAGGGCUGUAGAUUCAGAGAUCCUGAAUAUUCUUCGUAUGAGAUAUGAAGAUUGUAUGAUGUAUGAAAGACCAGACCAAUUAUCUGUCUGUAAACCACUGUGGGACAAAUACAAGGAUGCUGAGGAAGCUUGGUUUAUCAAGUAUGGAGAUCUUGGCGCGUAUGCAGAUGCAAGGAAAGCCUAUAUGAAACAGAAACAUCGCAUGGUAUGGGAAAGACGUAACGGCCCCCUGUCGGACCAGACCAAGUGAAAUGCACUACUAAGUUUAUCAGUUUGUAAUAUACGAGUAUAAGUAGAUUAUGUAUAAAUGUCAAUGCAAUAAAAGAAAUUCUAGUGUA